AUGAAGUUCUCGACUUUGAUCACUUUGACGGUCGCCUCGACCUUGGCCAUCCUCUCCAAGUCCGACGCCGUCAACCCUGCCUGCGCUGGAAAGUGCCCCUCGGUCAUCGCCCCCGUCUGCGCCCAGAACGCCGCCGGCCUUACCCAGACCUGGGUCAACUCCUGCGAGCUCGCCAAAUCCAACUGCAAUACCCCCGGCGACAUCUACACACAGAUCUCGAACAAGCCAUGCCCCGUUGACGAGAUGAAAAAGCGUGACGCCCCCGUCCCCGGAUGCCCCCAGAAGUGCCCUGAUGUCAUCUCGCCUGUCUGCGCCCAGGACCAGGCCGGCACCCAAAUGACAUUUGUCAACUCUUGCCGCAUGAGCAUCGUCAACUGCGAGUACCCUGCCGAUCAAUGGACCCUGAUCUCGAAGGGAGAGUGCGCCAACGACAUGAGCAAGCGUAGCGUUGUUGCCUGCGCCCAGAAGUGCCCUGAUGUCCUUGCCCCCGUCUGUGGCCAGGAUAAGACUGGCAAGCAGGCUACUUUCGGAAACUCUUGCAGGCUGUCGGUGACCCAGUGCCAGUUCCCUACCGCAGGUUGGACCCAAGUCUCUGCCAGCACCUGUGCUGGUGAUUUGUCCAAGCGUAGCGUCGCUGCCUGCGCCCAGAAGUGCCCUGAUGUCCUUGCCCCCGUGUGUGGCCAGGAUAAGACUGGCAAGCAGGCUACUUUCGGAAACUCUUGCAGGCUGUCGGUGACCCAGUGCCAGUUCCCUACCGCAGGUUGGACCCAAGUCUCUGCCAGCACCUGUGCUGGUGAUUUGUCCAAGCGUAGCGUCGCUGCCUGCGCCCAGAAGUGCCCUGAUGUCCUUGCCCCCGUGUGUGGCCAGGAUAAGACUGGCAAGCAAGCUACUUUUGGAAACUCUUGCAGGUUGUCGGUGACCCAGUGCCAGUUCCCUACCGCGGGCUGGACUCAGGUCUCUGCCGGCACCUGCGCCGCUGACCUCGACUAA